UAUGAGAAUCAUAUUUCUAUGUUUGAUGAUGACACUUGUAUUUUCUCAUAUCUAACCAGAUAUUAGAUCAGGGAAAGUAAAGAGCAAAGGAGUAAAUUUAGGUGGAUGGCUUGUAGUAGAACAUUGGAUGACAUCAAGCUCUGUGAUUUGGGAAGGAGUCCCAGAGUAUUAUCAUGGUUAUGGUGAAUAUGGAUUAAUGUCCUAUUUGGGUCAUAAUGUUGGGGAUGACAGAUUUGAAAAGCAUAGAUCAUAAUGGAUCACAGAAUAAGACAUUGCAGAAUUGGCAUCAUAUGGAAUUAAUACUGUUAGAGUCUCCAUAGGUUUUUGGAUAGCUGGAUUUGAUAAAACAGGUGGAUCAGAUUGGAAAGUAUUUGCACCCAAUGGACUCAAGUAUUUAGACUAAUUAAUUAAAAAUUGGGCUGUAAAGCAUAAUGUUGCAGUUCUUGUUCAGAUACAUGCUGCAAAAGGAUCAUAAAAUGGUUUGGAUCAUAGUGCUCCCCCUGUUCCUGGUCAAUCUUAUUGGGCCUUGUAUCCUGAAAAUGUCAGAAAUACAGUUGAUCUUGCUGUAUUUUUGGCAGAAAGAUACAAAUAAGAAAUAGCCUUUUUAGGAGUUGGAUUACUAAAUGAACCUUCAGGAACAACUGAUGAAGCCACUCUUAAAUAAUAUUACCUUACUGCUAUUUCAGAAAUCAGAGCCACAGGAAAUGAUUGCAUUCUUACUGUUGCUCCAUUACUUUAUGAAUAAGAUCCAGAUCAUUUCAAUGAUUUUGCUUUGAAAGAAACUCAUGUAUGGUAAGAAUGGCAUAAGUAUUUGAUUUGGGGUUAUGAGGAUAUGAAUGAAGACUAAAUAUUGAAUAUUGGAAUCCCAGGAGUUCAACAUUAACUUGAUAUUUGGAAAGGAAAUCCAAUAUUUAUUGGAGAAUGGAGUAUAGCAACUACUGAUAAUGCACCUUUUGCUAGUGAAGAAAGCUUCAGAUCUUUUGGAAAUAAAUACAGAGACACUAUCACAUCUGCAAAAGGAGGUUGGACCUAUUGGACUUGGAAGACUUCCUAUGAUGAAACUCAAGACAUAAGUCAAAGAAAUGCAUGGUCUCUAAGAUAGCUUCUUAGAAAUGGUUGGUUUGCCAUCUGAU